UCAGACCCAGCCGAGUUGAUUGAAACUGCAAAACGGGUUUUGGCGAAAGGAAAAUUAGAGGUCGCUGAAAAUUACUUGAUUCGGGCCAUGCGCACAGUUAUGUUGGACAACUCUUACAAAAGAAGUCCAGAGCCGUAUCGCUACUUAGCUGAAGUCCUGGAGAGGAAAGCACAAGACAAGAAUUUGGAGUUGCCGCAGAGACAACGAUUUCUGCUUCAAGCUGCAGCAUUGUAUAACUUUGUGCGCAACUUUUUAAAAACACUAUUACCUUACCGAUCAAAACUCAGCAGCGGAAUUUAUACUUCAAAAGAAUCUAAGCUACGCCAACUUUCUAUGUGA